GGCUCAGGGGCACCCUGUGCGAACCCAGUGUGCACGCCUCCUCCUCCCCUCUGCUGGCGGGCGAGGAAACACGGGGAAAGCAUCCGGCGGCCUCGGGAAGCCCUGAAGAAGUCCAAGCAGAAUGUACCAGGGACACAUGCAGAAAAGUAAAGAAAAAGGAUAUGGAAAACUAAGCAGCGAUGAAGACCUCGAGAUAAUUGUUGAUCAAAAGCAGGGAAAAGGCUCUAGGGCGGCAGAUAAGGCUGUUGCCAUGGUGAUGAAGGAGAUACCGAGGGAGGAGUCUGCUGAAGAAAAGCCCCUCCUUACUAUGACAUCACAGCUGGUGAAUGAACAGCAAGAAAGCAGACCCCUCCUGAGUCCCUCCAUCGAUGACUUUCUCUGUGAAACCAAAUCGGAGGCAAUAGCAAGGCCAGUAACGUCCAACACAGCUGUGUUGACCACAGGCUUAGACCUCCUUGACCUGAGUGAACCCGUCUCGCAAACCCAAACCAAAGCCAAGAAGCUGGAGGCCUCAUCGAAAACCGCAUCCCUCAAGAAGAAGGCUGAUGGAGCUGAUCUCAUCGGUGCGGAGCCUGAACAGAGAGGCCCGCAGCCUCUUCGAGGCCCGGAGACGGCAUCCUUAGAUUUAGACAUUCAAACACAACUGGAAAAAUGGGACGAUGUUAAGUUUCAUGGAGAUCGCAGUAGCAAGGGUCAUCCAAUGGCAGAGAGAAAAUCAUGCUCUUCUAGAACUGGAUCAAAGGAACUCUUAUGGUCCUCCGAGCACAGAUCCCAGCCUGAACUGAGCGCUGGGAAAAGCGCCCUGAACGCCGAGUCAGCUUCAGAGCUGGAAUUAGUGACUCCAACACAGGCUCGACUGACCAAAGAACAGCGCUGGGGAAGUGCAUUACUCUCCAGAAACCACUCCUUAGAAGAGGAAUUUGAAAGGGCAAAAGCAGCAGUGGAGUCAGAUACAGAGUUUUGGGAUAAGAUGCAAGCAGAAUGGGAAGAAAUGGCCCGGAGGAACUGGAUAUCCGAGAACCAAGAAGCCCAGAACCAAGUUACAAUUUCAGCUAGCGAGAAGGGCUAUUACUUCCACACUGAAAACCCCUUCAAGGACUGGCCAGGCGCCUUUGAAGAAGGCUUAAAGAGGCUGAAGGAAGGGGACCUCCCAGUCACCAUCCUGUUCAUGGAGGCCGCGAUUCUUCAGGACCCGGGAGAUGCAGAGGCAUGGCAGUUCCUCGGGAUAACUCAGGCAGAGAAUGAAAACGAGCAAGCAGCUAUUGUCGCCCUCCAGAGGUGCUUAGAAUUGCAGCCCAACAACUUGAAAGCUUUGAUGGCUUUGGCCGUGAGUUACACGAACACGGGCCAUCAGCAGGAUGCCUGUGACGCGCUGAAGAAUUGGAUUAAGCAAAACCCAAAGUACAAAUACCUUGUGAAGAGCAAGAAGGGAUCGCCAGGCCUCGCCCGGAGGAUGUCUAAGUCUCCGGUGGAUAGCUCUGUUCUGGAAGGCGUGAAGGAAUUAUAUCUGGAAGCUGCCCACCAAAAUGGAGAUACGAUCGACCCAGACCUGCAGACAGGUCUAGGGGUGCUGUUCCACCUGAGCGGAGAAUUUAAUAGAGCAAUAGAUGCAUUUAACGCCGCCUUAACUGUUCGGCCAGAGGACUAUUCGUUAUGGAACCGUCUGGGGGCGACCUUGGCGAACGGAGACCGCAGCGAGGAAGCCGUGGAGGCCUACACGCGGGCGCUGGAGAUCCAGCCCGGCUUCAUCCGCUCCAGAUACAACCUGGGCAUCAGCUGCAUCAACCUGGGCGCCUACAGAGAAGCGGUCAGCAAUUUUCUCACUGCCCUCAGUCUGCAGAGGAAAAGCCGGAAUCAACAGCAAGUUCCUCAUCCUGCCAUCUCCGGGAACAUCUGGGCUGCCCUCAGAAUCGCACUGUCUCUGAUGGACCAACCAGAACUCUUCCAGGCGGCCAAUCUCGGUGACCUGGAUGUCCUCCUAAGAGCUUUCAAUUUGGAUCCUUGAAAGAAAAGAAAAAAUAAUAAUCCCUGUCCAUAUGUGUACUCAGAAAUGCAAACCUAUUUUAUUAUGAAUUCCAAAAUGGUGACACCGGAUGUUCAAAAGGCCAUGGUGAUAGAGCCUGAGGGAAUUCCUACAGACAAUGCCCAGUCUCUGUUCAGAUCCCAAAGCACAAAAUGUUAUAUAGAGUCAAGGUCGGGCUCGAAAGAAGAAGCGAGAGGCUCAAGACUAACCAAGAUGAAGUAACUAUGUGAAUACUCUUUCCACAAGCUGCAAGCCUGUCGCAAAACAUCUUCUUUGGGUUUUCGUCCCCACUUGCGGCUGAUGACACAUCUAAGGAACUUGCUCGUGCGACACCUGGAGAAAGCACUGCCUCAGAUCAGGGAAUUCUGACUAUUUCUGAACUGUCCCCUAAAAUUCCCCCUUUUAGGAGAUUGAACAUAGUUUGGGCCGAGGUGCAUGCACAAAUAUUAACUCGACUAAAAAGAGGCAUUGCUUAAACCCGUUCCAAUUUUAACUUUUACUGUAGCUUUUUGAUUCCAGAGAAGGAGCUUUGCUGGCAAAAGCAGUUUUUGCACUAGAAAUUUUUGCUGUUCCCAAUCAAAACUUUUCUGGGACUGUAUAUAUGCACUUUAAUAUCUCAUUUAUGCCUUGCUGGAGUUUUGUUUUGUUGCUCCAAUUUUUAACGUGGGGAAGGGGGGCGGGGGUAAAAGAUUUGGGAACUCAGCCUUGUUAGCUCAAUGGACCAAAUAAAAAUUCCUGAAAAUAGUU